AUGGCGAAUGAACGACAACCGACGAACUCAUUCAAAAUGCGAGAGCCCAGCGUGUUGGACUGGAUUACUCUCGUUUACCUCAACCACCUGGUGCAAUUUCGUCCAAGAUUGCGCAGAGGCAUGUGCAAAUCAAGUCCCCCUCCUCGACAUUGCGAUACCCAUUACGUAUUAAUUAAAAUUGAUUUAUUCCUCAUUCCUGAUACACCCUCCUUUUAUCGGAGUGAUUUAUAUAAUUGGGGGCAGAAUGCUUUUAAGGUCUUUCGUAAUCAUGUGGCUCGCAUCAAUUUGGGAAAUGAAGAUAAGCAUACGUGCCAUAAGCCACAGUCGAUGAUUCCAUAUUACUAA